AAUUUUCAGUAAAAUACAAUGGCUCUGCUUGAUUUGUGCCGUCUAGAUGAGAAAAUUAACUUAAGACCGAGUGAUUCUCUUGCGUCUUUUCAAAAUGACGUGGUCGGGUACAGCCAGAACUUCAUAAACAGCGCUCAGUUGGCUAUUCCACCAUUCGCAAAUCCCGUUGAGACCCUUGCGCAGUUCAACACGAGAGAUGAGACGGGGAAAGCCAUCAAAAUUCAAUUUGAUCAUGGCACCACUACACUUGGCUUUCGGUAUCAGGGUGGAGUUCUGCUGGCAGUGGACUCCCGAGCCACUGGAGGCCAGUUCAUUGGCUCACAAUCUAUGAAGAAAAUUGUUGAAAUCAACAACUACUUGCUGGGUACCCUGGCUGGUGGCGCUGCCGACUGUGUAUACUGGGACCGCGUCCUCGCAAAACAAUGUCGUCUUUACGAAUUACGUAAUAGAGAGCGUAUUUCCGUAGCAGCAGCUAGCAAACUCAUGGCUAACAUGGUGUAUAAUUACAAGGGCAUGGGUUUGAGUAUGGGCAUGAUGAUUGCUGGAUAUGAUAAACGAGGCGCUCAACUGUACUACGUAGACAACGACGGCACACGCACUCCGGGCAAAGUGUUCUCCGUUGGCUCUGGGUCAGUGUACGCCUUCGGUGUCCUCGACUCGGGAUACCGCUGGGAUCUGAAAGAUGAGGAAGCUCAGGAACUUGGCCGUCGCGCGAUCUACCACGCGACGCACCGGGACGCGUACUCGGGCGGCAUCGUCCGCGUGUACCACAUCAACGAGGACGGUUGGGUGAACAUAUCCAAUGAAGAUUGCACCGAACUCCAUUACAAGUACCAGACAGAGAAGGGUGGGGAGGAGUCCUAAAUUUUAGAGGUUUAAUAUUUUAUAAAUAAAUGCUUAAUGU